AUGUCUUCUGAUGCUACAAUCAACGGGUACAGUAACCCUGAGAAGUCCCAGUUACACAGGGCAGAUGAAGUUGAGGAUUUAGUUGACGCAGUAAAAUCUCUCAUCAUACCAUUUAUCCGAGAUGCAGACAACGCCGUCUCAACUCGAGCCAGUGGUUCCAUAGGGGUUGAUGCUCAAGGGGCACCAGGUCGAAAUGUCCUUGUAGAUUCUCAUAAACCAGAGGAGUUGGUGAAGAAACUAGAAUUUUCAAUUCCUGAUAAUGGGACUGGGAAAGAAGGGUUACUGGAUGUUAUCCAGACCAUCCUACGAUACAGCGUAAAUACGUGGGAUCAGGGGUUCAUGGACAAGUUAUACUCAGCUAUUAAUCCAGUCGGCGUGGCAUCCGAUCUUCUUCUCACCGCAUUAAACACCAACGUCCACAUCUUCAAAACCUCCCCAGCACUCACCAUCAUCGAGAAGACCACCUCCCGCAAACUCGCCAACCUAUUCGGCUUCACCGGCCCACGCGCCGGCGGGAUAACCUGUCCAGGAGGUAGCGCAUCAAACAUGACGUCCCUCGUAAUCGCGCGCGCCACCCUCUUCCCCGACACCAAGGACAGCGGCAACGCCAACCACGCCUUCGCCCUAUUCACCAGCGCGCACGGGCACUACUCCGUGUCCAAGGCCGCAAUGACCUGCGGCAUAGGCUCAGACGCCGUAACAGCCGUCGCCGUCGACGCGAACGGAUGCAUGCUCCCCUCCGCACUCCGUGCCGCGAUCCUAGAAGCCAAAGAAGCCGGUAAAACCCCACUGUACAUCAACGCAACAGCCGGGACCACAGUCUGGGGAUCCUACGACCCGUUCACGGACAUCGCAGCCGUAGCCCGCGAAUUCGGGAUCUGGCUGCACAUCGACGGGUCCUGGGGCGGUCCCGCCGUCUUCUCCAGCACUCAGCGACACAAACUAGCGGGCUCCGAGCUCGCGGACUCGAUUACGGUGAACCCGCACAAGAUGCUCAACGUGCCGAUCCCGUGCUCCUUCCUCAUCACCAACGAUGUCGCGGUGUUCCAGCGCGCGAACGCCUUGCGUGCAGGGUACUUAUUCCACGACCCGGAUGCGGGCGGGGAGGUGUGGGAUUUGGCGGAUCUGGGACUGCAGUGUGGACGCCGGGGUGACGCGCUGAAUUUGGCGCUUGCGUGGGUGUUUUAUGGGGAUAAGGAGUUUGAGAGGAAGGUCGAUGGGGCGUUUAGCGCGGCGGCGUAUUUGGCGACGCUGGUGCAGGAGUCGGACGACUUUGUGCUGUUGUCGAGUAACCCGCCGCCUUGUCUGCAGGUUUGCUUUUACUAUGCGCCAGGGGGUGUGUUGGCGGGUGAUGCGGAGGAGAAUACGCGGCGCACGAGGGAGAUUGUGGAGAGGCUUGUUCCGAGGGGGUUUAUGGUGGAUUAUGCGCCGGGGGAGAGGGGGAGCUUGUUUCGUGUGGUGGUUAAUUGCUCGACGUUGAGGAGUACGGUGGAGGGCUUGUUUAGGGCGUUGAGGGAGGCGGGGAGGGAGGUUGUUCCUGAGUGA